AUGUCUCUUCAUCAUUUAUUAAAAGAUUUUUUAAUUCAUGAUUACUUCGUAUUGAUAAGUAUCAUCCUAGCGAUCUACGUGGCGCAGUAUUAUUACAAAUAUUUUACUCGAGUUAAUCCUUUACCUGGUCCAUUCCCAUUCCCUCUUACUGGGAACCUACCUCAAUUCUUACUUAUUCAUCGAGGAAAUUUCAAAACAUUUUUCGAACAUUAUCAAAAGAAACAUGGUGACAUUUUCGAGUUUCACUUGGGAACUCGACGUAUAGUUUUAAGCAAACCGGAAUAUGUCGAAAAAAUUUUGAUGCCUUCAACAAAAAGUCAAUACAUGAUGAGAUUUCCUUACGUUCAAGGGUUAGAAGAAAUAGGAAUGAUGGGAAGGGGAUUACUAGCAAAUCAUAAUUUGAAAUCAUGGAGAUAUAAUCGUCAAUUUUUUACACAAGCCAUUUUAGCACCGAAAUUUUCCAAAGAAGCUAUCGUUUGGACGAAUAAACUUUUUAAUGAAUUGGAAACUUAUUGGAACAAGUUAUAUCUUAAGGAAGAAAUUAUUAAAGAGGAGAAGAAUAAAAUGGAUUUUUCUGCUUGGUUGAAUCGAUAUACAAACGAUAUGAUCAUCGCGUUGACAACUGGUGAAAGAUCUUAUACAAUGGCCGCAUAUUUUAAUACUCAAAGUGAUGAAAAAGCAGAACACCCACAAUCGAUAAUUGAUGAUUCCGAAAAAUUCGUUAAAGCAUUUCGCACACACAUUUUAGGUUUACCCAUAUUUAUUUUCAUUCCUUAUAUCUUACGACAUUACGCUCCACAUCUUAAUAGAGUUUCGAAUGCUUUACUUAAAAAUAUCGAAUUUAUAUAUCAAAGGUUAGACGUCAUUAUUAAGAGGCGCAGACAAGAAAUUGAAAAUACAUCAUUGGAUAAACCUUUACCACAUGAUAUGUUAACCUCGGUGAUCACUGCGAAUACUCCUCGAGAUAUUAAUCAAAUUAAAACUGUCGAGGGUGAAUCCAUGGGCAGACCCAUGAAUGAUACCGAAAUUCGUGGUAUAAUGUUCGACGGAUUUCUUGGAGGAACUGACACGACCGCAAAUAUGAUAUCAUUCAUUGUCUAUCAUCUCGAUCACAAUCCGGAUGUGAAGAAGAAAAUGUUAAAAGAAAUUGAUGAAAUAUUCCAAGGUGACAGGGAACGUCCAAUCACUGAAGACGAUUUUCAUAAACUCAAAUACUGUGAAGCGAUUAUAAAAGAAGUUGAUCGUGUUCUUCCGGUUGCUAAUAUGAUGGUGAGAUACAGUCAAGAACCUGAUGAAGUAGCGGGUUAUAAUUGGCCGGCUGGCACAAUAUUUCAUAUAAAUGCUGUCUCUAUUCACAAACAUAAUGAUUAUUGGGAAGAACCUGAAAAAUUUAAUCCUGAUAGAUGGAUGGUUAAAGGUUUUGAACCAAAGAAAUAUUCUUUUAUCAUGUUUGGUGGAGGUUUAAGGAUUUGUCCGGGAAGAAAGUUGGCAAUGAUUGAAUUGAUAUGUUUAAUGGCUUUAAUUUAUAGAAAGUAUGAAGUUGAUUUGGUAGAUAAGAAAUCUCCUUUAAAAACCGUGUCAACAGCUUUAACCACUUGUCCCGAAUUGUUAGUUAAGAUUAGACCAAGAUUAUAA